CCAUCCCUCCCCUCCCCUCCCCUCCCCUCCCCUCCCCGCCCCGGAAAGGCCUCUGCCCCGUUCUUCCGUCAUUUCCGGCAAGACUGUCAUGGCGGCGACCGCUGUUCUCCGUCAGCCGGUGGGCGGCUUCAGUUUCCAAAACUGCCGCAGGAAUGCAUUCAUUGAAGCUCACCUUAACAAGCAAGGCUUCAAAGUUCCUGAAGCAAGAAAGACUGGUACUACUAUUGCUGGGAUUAUAUUUAAGGAUGGUGUAAUUCUGGGUGCUGAUACCAGAGCAACCGAAGGAAUGAUUGUCGCAGAUAAGAACUGCUCCAAGAUUCAUUACAUCUCACCAAACAUUUAUUGCUGUGGGGCAGGGACUGCUGCAGACACAGAGAUGACCACACAGCUGAUCUCGUCCAACCUGGAGCUUCACUCACUAUCUACCGGGCGCCUGGCUCGCGUGGCCACUGCAAACCGCAUGCUGAAGCAAAUGCUCUUCAGGUAUCAAGGAUACAUUGGUGCAGCGCUAGUACUGGGUGGAAUCGAUUGUACUGGUCCCCAUCUUUAUAGCAUUUAUCCGCAUGGAUCAACUGAUACAUUGCCAUAUGUAACUAUGGGUUCUGGAUCUUUGGCGGCAAUGGCGGUGUUUGAAGAUCGAUACAAGCCAGAUAUGGAGGAAGAAGAGGCUAAACAGCUUGUCCGUGAUGCCAUCGCUGCGGGAAUUUUCAAUGACCUCGGGUCUGGCAGUAACAUUGAUCUGUGUGUGAUAACGAAGAAUAAGUUGGACUAUCUAAGACCACAUAAUAUUGCUAAUAAAAAGGGCGUGAGGCAAGGCAGCUAUAAGUACAGGAGGGGUGUGACAGGAAUCCUAACGCAGACGAUUACUCCACUGGAACUUGAAGUGGUGGAGGAAGUUGUGCAUACAAUGGACACUUCCUGAAGAACCUGAUGUCCUUAUUUUCUUCCCACUCUGUCCAGAAGAUCAAAUGGUUACAUGUACCUUGAAGUAGCAGGAGAUGUGUUCCAAUUUUUUUUUCCAAAUAAAGUUGGUCUCCUAAAAUA